AUGGCUCCCAGCAAGCAGGACACGACGGCUUACAUCAACGCCAUCGCCCAACCACCCCCUCCGGGCACUCCCUACGCCCUCCCCAUCCCCGGCACCGAGCGCCCCAACCGGACUCCCAUCUACCGCCAUUGGCGCUUCCAGAACGGCCCUCUUCUCGAGACCUUCGACCCCGCCAUUCGCACCGUCCACGAUCUCUUCGAAGCUUCCGUCGCGCGGGUCCCCAGAAACAGAUGCUUGGGCCACAGACCCUGGAACCCUGUCUCCAAGACAUGGGAGAACAAGUUUGUCUGGACGACAUAUACCGAGGUUGCUGAGCGCAGGAAGAACUUUGGUGCUGGCAUCGUUGAGCUGCACCAGCGGGUUGGCGUCACGGCUGACAAGAAGUAUGCUGUCGGUCUCUGGGCCCAGAACCGCCCCGAGUGGCAGAUCACCGAGUUGGCUCUGCUCUCGCAGUCCUUGUGGCCCGUUUCGCUCUACGAGACUCUCGGACCCGAGGCGACCGAGUACAUCAUCAACCACAGCGAGCUGACUGCCGUCGUCUGCUCGCUCCCUCACAUCCCCACUCUCCUGAAGCUUGCGCCCCGCGUGCCCAGCCUCAAGUUCAUCAUCUCCCUGGACCCCCUCGAUGCCGGUGAGAUGACCGGCCACUCCAAGCUGUCGCUCUUGAACGCUGCGGCCGCCCAGGUUGGCCUUGAGAUCUUCUCCAUGGAGGGCGUGGAGGCGCUGGGUGCCCGCUCCGGCCGCCCAAUGCGCCCUCCCCAGCCCGAGGAUGUUUUGACCAUCAACUACACCUCUGGUACCACUGGUGACCCCAAGGGAGUCCUUAUCACCCACGCCAACGGUGUUGCCGGUAUCUCGGCUGCUCGCUCCAACCAGAGCAUCACGGCUGGCGACGUCCACCUGUCUUAUCUUCCUCUUGCGCAUAUCUAUGGUCGCAUGGCUGACCAGACUGCUCUCGCUGAAGGCGCCAGCAUCGGUUACUUCCACGGUGACAUCACCCAGCUUGUGGAGGAUAUCAAGCUCCUGCGCCCAACUGGUCUCAUGUCGGUGCCCCGUCUCUUCAACCGCAUCAACUCUGCCAUCCAGGCCGCCACGGUUGAGCAGGAGGGCUUCAAGGGUGCCCUCUCGCGCCGUGUCAUUGAGGCCAAGAAGGCCAGCAUGAAGCUUCCUCCUGGCAAGGCCACCAACAAGCACUUCCUCUACGACAAGAUCUGGACCCCCAAGGUCCUCAAGGGUGUUGGUCUCUCUCGCGCUCGCACCAUGGUCAGCGGUUCCGCCCAGCUCGACCCCGACGUCCACGAGUUCCUCCGCGCCGCCUUUGGCAACAACUUCGUCCAGGGUUUCGGCAUGACCGAGACCUACGCCGUCGGUACCGUCCAGAUGCCCGGCGAUUUCACCACCGGCAACAUCGGCCCCCCGUGCCCCUCGGUCGAGCUCUGCAUCGAGUCCGUCCCCGACUACGAGUACACCGUCGAGGACAAGCCCAACCCCCGCGGCGAGCUGCUCAUGCGCGGUCCCAUCAUCUUCAAGGAGUACUACCGCAACCCCGAGGAGACGGCCAAGACGAUCGAGGCCGACGGGUGGUUCCACACCGGCGACAUCGUCGAGGUGGACAGCAUGGGCCGCUUCAAGAUCAUCGACCGCAAGAAGAACGUGCUCAAGCUCGCGCAGGGCGAGUACAUUUCCCCCGAGCGCAUCGAGAACGUCUACCUCGGCAGCUGCAACCUCCUCGCCAUGGCCUUUGUGCACGGCGAGCCCAAGGAGUCGAGCUUGGUGGCUGUGUUCGGUAUCGACCCUGUGCACUUUGCUCCUUAUGCCAGCAAGAUCCUCAAGCAGAACAUUUCUGCCGAGGACAAGGCUGCGCUCAAGGUGGCGGCGAACGACCCGAGGGUCAAGGGGGCGCUGUUGAAGCUGUUGGAUAACAUUGGAAAGAGCCACAAGUUCAACAGCUACGAGAAGGUGAAGAAUAUCUAUUUGGAUAUUGAGCCUUUUUCGAUCGAGAAUGAGCUUUUGACUCCCACCCUCAAGCUCAAGCGCCCGCAGACGGCGAGGGCUUUCCGCGCCGAGAUUGACCGCAUGUAUGAGGAGAUUGCGGCCAAUGCUGGUUCCAAGCCCAAGUUGUAA